GCCGGAGCCUGACGGUACUGUGGUGGACGUCCCUGGUGUGGAGACCCCGGGAGUGGAGCGGGACGUGGCAGUCCCCGGGGGAGGCAGCAAGUGUGGAGAAGAAACGGAGCAAGUUCAGUAACUAUCCCGUCUAACCUCUUACUGGUAUCUUAAGGAAUCUUACAAAUACUUAUUUUCAAUUGAGAAAAUGACUGCAGAUAUAGAAGAAAGUACAGGUUGUUGGAAAAGAAUACCUGUCAAAAAGUGGAACAUCCAGUAGUUAAUUUGGAAGUAGUAUAAAAUAAAUAUACCUGUUAUGGUGCGAUUCUGGAGUGGAGUUAACUCUGUAGCACACAGGUAGCUCUCCAAGGAGGAAAAAAACCAAAAAGAGCUUUCUGCUUUUCUAAAUUAUGGAAAUUUUUUGGAAGACGUGGACAUGGAUUUUGAGCCUAGUCAUGGUUUCAUCAGAAUUUCACAGUGACAACAGACUUUCAUAUAGUUCUCAAGAGGAAUUCCUGUCUUACCUUGAACACUACCAACUAACGAUCCCAGUAAGAGUUGAUCAGAAUGGAGCCUUCCUCAGUUUUACUGUGAAAAAUGCUAAACCCUCAAGAAGGAGGAGGAGCACAGACCCUUAUGACCAAGAACUGGCAGCAUCUAAAUUAUUUUUUAAACUUUCUGCCUAUGGCAAGCACUUUCAUUUAAACCUGACUCUCAACACAGAUUUGGUGUCCAGACAUUUUACAGUAGAGUACUGGGGGAAAGAUGGACCGCAAUGGAAGCACGAUUUUUUAGACCACUGUUAUUACACAGGAUAUUUGCAAGACCAACACAGAACAACUAAGGUGGCCUUAAGCAACUGCAAUGGUCUGCAUGGAGUCAUUGCUACAGAAGAUGAAGAGUAUUUUAUUGAGCCUUUAAGGAAUAUAACAGAAGAUUCCAGUAACUUUAAUUAUGAGAACGGUCAUCCUCAUGUUAUAUAUAAAAAAUCUACCAUGCACCAGCAACAUCUUUAUGAUGACAGUCACUGUGGAGUCUCAGAAGACCUCACAAGAAGUGGUAAACCUUGGUGGAUGAGUGAUGCAUCUGCUUUUCCAACUUCAUUUCCAGUCAAUGACACGUUAAGUAGUCAUAGUCGACAGAAGAGAUCAGUAAGCCUUGAACGGUUUGUGGAAACGCUGGUAGUAGCAGACAAAAUGAUGGUGGGAUACCAUGGUCGCAAAGACAUUGAACACUACAUUUUGAGUGUAAUGAAUAUUGUUGCCAAACUUUAUCGUGAUUCCAGUCUAGGAAACGUUGUGAAUAUUAUAGUGACACGUUUAAUUGUCCUCACUGAAGAUCAGCCAAACUUGGAGAUAAACCACCAUGCAGACAAGUCCCUCGAUAGCUUCUGUAAGUGGCAGAAAUCCAUUCUCUCCCACCAAAGUGAUGGAAACACCAUUCCAGAAAAUGGGAUUGCCCACCAUGAUAAUGCGGUUCUUAUUACUAGUUAUGGGUAG